UCACACGUGUGCGGUGCGCUGGCCUCGGCGAGAAGCCGCCAAGCACACGCAGCCGGCCGCGCGGCACGGUUUUCUUCCCCCGUUCGCCGGCCGCCCCGCCCACCCCCUCGCUUGCCCACUCCUUCCCCGACCGACGGAGCCGAUGGCGACGCUGCAGCUGAACCACAUCGCGCGGGAGACCGGCGACGUGCGCCGCCUCGCCGCCUUCUACGAGGAGGUGCUGGGCUUCGAGCGCGUCCCGUCCCACGCCUACUCCGGCUUCCAGGUUGCCUGGCUCCGCCUCCCGGCCUCCCCCGACGUCGCGCUCCACAUCAUCGAGCGCGACCCCGCCGUCGCCUCCCCGGGGGCCGAGGGCGUCCCGCCUUCGCAGCUGCCCCGGCGGCACCACCUGGCCUUCUCCGUGGCCGACUUCGACGGGUUCCUCACCGGGCUCAGGACCCGCGGCACCGAGCUGUUCGAGAAGACCCAGCCCGACGGCCUCACGCGCCAGGUCUUCUUCUUCGACCCCGACGGCAAUGGCCUAGAAGUUACAAGCUCGAGCCCUGGCGAUAAGUAACCUGGGACAGGGAGCACGAAACAGUUUCUACUUCUGCGACAUCCAUGUAGUGAUGCCCACCUCGAGGCUGAGACGAUGGAAGCUGCAGAAUCUGAGAGUAAACAUCCAGGAUCAUGCUUUAGUACCUUAUAAAUAAUGGACUUAUGCCUAUCUCUGCUCCUCAUGCUUGUAAUAUUGGAUAUGUAUGUCUUGUGGCUGAAGUACUGAACUGUGCUGUGUGUUGGAACAUCAAGUUAUGUUACUACAAAA